AAACCGGACUAAAUAAAUCAGUUUCUUUCAUUUCAAGAAUUCAAAUUUUCGUUGUCGUACACCGGCAACGUAGACAUAUCCAAAACGAAAACACGACAUAACCUAAAAACAAAUGUAAACAAAAAUCGUAUAUAUUUUAAUUUUUUUUAAAUAUAAACCAAAAAUGUUCGAACGCACCUUGUUUGUUAAAUAUGUACCUGUUAAAAAUAACUUCGUUUAUGUACCCCCUAGUUUGAAAUUUCUGCAAAUUGGGACUUGCCUACGACUUUCUUAUGAUGAAAAUAAAGAAGCCUAUUGUUCUGUUGGAGCAACUUCCAUAGAAAUGGACGAGAACAGUAUUGGAUUAAACUCUUUGUUUGCAAAAACUUUGGGAAUCAAAGAGAAUGGUCUACUUGUUUUGUCUGAAAUAGCACAACUACCUUCUGUGAAUUCUAUUACUAUUUCUCCUGUUAGCCAGAAUGAUUAUGAUGUGAUAGAUAUUUUAUCAGAUAAUAUUCAAGGAACACUACUGAAUCAAAUUCGAGUUGUGUUCUAUAGUCAAAGUUUCAUAAUAUGGAUUGGAAAUAAUAUACAUGUUACCGUAUAUGUUGAGGAAGUUAAACCAGUAUCUCCAGGUGUAAUAGAUUUCUUAACAGAAGUGCACAUAAAACCAACAGGCCACAUUGAGAAAAAUAAAUCACUGGACAUUCCAAAAUCUGAAAAACCCAACAAUUUUUUGCUUGAAGAAAGGUUAACGAAAUUCUAUAACUCAUUUUUCAAGAAAGAAGGUAAUGAAGUUGCUAAUUUGCAAAGGUACUUCAAUAAAAAAUACGACUUGAUCUGCAGACUGGUGCCGCUAACAGAAAUUCCUUUUGGAGAACAAAUAUCAAAAUACCUCCAACCAUUCAACAUAUUCAUAUCAAAAAAAUGUAUCUACAAAGACUGGUUGAAAGAAAGUACCUUGUCAACACCAACAAUUUGUUCACUCACUUUGUUGAAGAAUGAUGUAUUCGCAAAUGAAAUGGUAUUUGCUAGGCUGAUAGCAUUUGAAGACAUUCUGGACAAAUUUGAGUUUAAUUUGGGCCAAAAUUUGUUUGUUGGCCCUGAAGUUUCUCAGAUUUUUGAUAGUGAACUGGGUGCAAGAGUAAUUUUGAAGUACAUUGAAAACGUUCCUUUUGUAAGUGAAAUAAUUGUAAAUUCUAGAAAAAAUUACUUGGUGAAUGUUGAAGAAACCAUCAAAGAAUACCUAGCAAAAAACAGUGAUGCCCCAACUAUCUUGAAUGCUAAUGUGGUCAUUGACAUUGGAAAUAAUAUAUCGUGUAGUUUGAAGUUUUCACCAAAUGAACAAAAGUUCUGCCUCGUUAAUGAUGAUCUAGUGAGAAAUUGCAAGUAUGUCAUACAUUAUGAAAUGGAAAUUGUAGAUUCUAAGAAAAAAUGUGAAGAAAAGAGUUUUGACACAUUUUUAGAUAACAUUUCCAACAUGAAGUUGAUUGUUGAGGAUGUUCUACGGAUUUAUGAAAAUACUGAAGAUUGUUAUGAAAAUGUCCUGAUAACAGGUAAACCUGGAACUGGAAAAUCCGCACUUUCAAAAUAUAUAGCAAGGAAAUUACAGUUAUUUCCACUGAAUGUUUAUACUAAAACUAUAAAGUGUAAAACCUUUAAGGGAAAAACAAUGGAGUCAUUGCUGAAAUCAUUUUACACAGAUUUCUCAGAGCUACUUCUUCAUCAGCCCUCAGUGAUGAUUCUUGAUGAUUUAGAGGUUUUGUGCGAAAAUGUUGCUGGCGACAAUACUGCUCCAAAUGCUGUAUAUUUCAACAGGAUAAGUGAAAUGCUUCACAACCUUUUCAAAUUGUUCUCAAAUUCAAAUCGAAUAGGAAUCUGCGCCACUGCUGAGUCAACUGACAAAUUGAAUAAGAACUUGUUCUCGUCAAGAGGGAGCCACCUGUUCAAAAACGUUUAUACGAUUGAUGAAUACACAAAGGUAACUUUUACAAAUGAAUAGAUAUGUAUAUGUGAAAAAAAUACAACACUUCCAGGAGGUAAAAUCCACGCUUUAAAUGAAGAAUUGACUCUUGUAACUGAUAUUAUGGAUUUGAUAUUAAAAUCAUUAAAUUGUUAUUAUUA